AAAGUGAAUGUAAAUGUAUAUAGCUUCCCGAUAAAAAUGGGCUCGUUUACAGACGCCGAGGAAGAGAAAUUAAUAAAAAUGGUUAUAUCUCAUGAUAUAUUGUAUAAUGCGUCUCAUGCAAAUUAUAAAAGUAAUUUAAUUAAGGACAAUGUGUGGAAGCAGAUUGGAAAGGAGUUGAACAGAAAUGGUGGAGACUGUAAAAAGAAAUGGAAAUGCAUAAGAGACACCUAUCACAGAUAUAAAAAGAAAAUACGAGCUACCGGUGCCGUUCCAAAACAAACAAAAGAUCGGAGGCAUAUUUUAUUGUCAUUUCUGGACAGCUUUCCCCCCCAACCAAGAUCAGGAGGAGGAGUUUAUGGCGGAGGUACCCAAGAAUUAUUGGAAGAAGAAAAUCAUUGGCACGAGGGAGAAAUACAGAAUUCUACGGAACUAAGUAAUGAUUCGGACGCACAAAUGUUAAUGCCAGAUAUAAUCAUAAAAGAAGAAUACAACGAAUCGGAUGUACAAAUGUUCGGUAUUUCAGAAAGUAAUGGGGAUGCAAUGCCUAAGAAAAAAACAGCAAAACGGACAAAUAGUGAAGACCCCUUGCAAGAAAGAGACAAAGAACUGAGUACCUUAUUUAAGAACAAUAGAAAGAAGGGAGAUGACAUAGACUUGUUUUGCCGGCAUCUUGAAGAAGUGUUACGGAAUCUACCUCCAAUAGAGAAGGCAAAAGCAAAACUGGAGAUGAAUAAUAUCCUGUCAAAAUAUGAGAUUUUGGUGGCAACUAAGUUUGAAAGACUAAGUCAUUCAUCGGUGUUAAAUUUUUCAACAGAUUUAGAGACAUCUGCGGACAACUCACAUUCAGAUAUACAAAAUAAUGAUCAAACAGAUUAACUGCUCAUAUAUGUGUGUUGGUCAAAAAUCGCAGGUUCAAACCUCAA